AUGAUUCACGUGUGUCAAAACACCUGGGAUAAAAUUACCCAGCGCGAGGGCAAGGAUUACAUCCGGGACGAGCUCGGGGUCAACACUGACCGGGAGCAGUGCUGGUGGGAGGACUGGGACGAGGGUGCGCUGCGGAAGAUCAUCGCCGACCAGAAGCGCAUCACCCAGAAGGGCAAGGAGCUGGGCCUGAAAAAACUGUACUCGGUUUUGGUGGUGCUCGACGAUCACGCGGAUAACCCCGCCGUGCACAGAAAGACGGGUGAUGGGGUCCUGGACACACUAUUCAUUCGGGGCCGACAUUUCUGCAUAAAUACAUGGGUGAGCACACAGAAAUUGCGUCUUAUGAGCUCCGCCGUGCGGGUCAACGUGAUGUUCUACUGCGUCUUCCGGCUGCGAAAUCAGCUCGAGUUGGAUGCGUUGGUGGAGGAACUCUCGGCCAUGCUGCCGAAGGAAACCCUGUACUCGAUGUACGAAGAGGCCACGAGGGAGCCCUACAGCUUCUGGUUUGUGAAUCUGCGAGCCCCGAAGGAAGACAUGUUUUGGGUGAGAUUCGACCGUAAGUUUGUGCUAAAUGGGGACGAUCCUGACCCGGCAGGUCUCCGACGAGUCCACCGCGGGACCUUCCUGUACUGGGAAGACACGGUCGCCGGCACCCUCCACUACGCCGAGCUCCCGGUGGGAGCCUACACUGGCCCGCAGCUGGCGGCCUGGAUCAGCAGCAACUUCGCGGCGGCCACGUACACGGCCGAAACAAAUGAGCUGGACGUUAGCUGGGAUGGUGUGCGCCUGAUCCUGAACGACGCCGAGCUCCGGCAGCGCUUCCCGGGCACGGGAUCCUACCCUCCGGGCGCCUCGCCCAGCAAGCCCCUCAGCAUCAACCACCUCCUCGGGCCCAGCUACAUCACGGGCUCUGUGCAGCGUUUUGUUUUCGUCACUAUGAAUCCGUUCUCAGAGCUGUACUUGCGCUGCCCUUCGUUGGCCAACGGGGAAACCACGGUCGGCCCGCUGGGGCACGACAUUCUCUGCAAAAUCGUGGUGUCGAAGGGUGUGGGGCAUGUGAUGGAGACCGAGACGUCGGAGGAGCACUGGGUGAACCUACACGGGCCUAUCACGCUGAGGCAUUUGCGGUUCAAACUGACGGACUACCAGGGCAAUGUGGUGGACACCAGAGACACCAGCGUGUCCUUCCUGAUCUUCUUGGACACUGAACGAUAA